AUGUACUUCCCAGUGGGAUGGCCGAAAGUCUUGGCACCAGUGCACGCAGCCGACACCCUCUUCCAAGUGAUCUGCAACAGGGAAAAGAUUCUGUUUGCCGUGUUAACCAACCAGCGGUUGGAGAUCUGGUUCUGCAAGCCUUGUGUAAAAAUUACUACUUACACAAGAUCUACACAAAGUCUUGAAGAAGUUGGUUUUAAUUUACGUAUAGAAUGGCGGCCAGAUUCUAGUAUGUUGGUUGUAGUGACUACAAAAGGUUAUUUAAUAUUUUACAAUUUAAGUAUUAUUGGUGAUCCUGGAAGUUUAUAUCACUUAGAAGAUUCACAUAUUUCUAGUUUGAAAAGAGAAAAUGAUGAGCUAUUUGUGAAGGAGACUAUACCAGCAUUACAUAUUAAACAAAAUCAAAUAGCUUGUGUUGAUGGUGGAGUAGGUUGUAUAGCUUGUAUUCGUGAUGAAUUAAUGGUAUCUACUUGUAAAGGACAUGUUAUACGAUAUCUUUGGAAUGGUUCGAUCAAUAGAGACUACUGUUUAGAUCUACGAAGAACGCCAUUUUCUGUUGAUCUACAUGUUUCAAAUGCCGCACCAUUAACUACCAAAAAUACUUAUAUUGUUGACAUAGAAUAUUCACCAUUAGUUGGAGGGUUUGGAAUUAUUUUGAAUGAUGGUCGUGCAGCUUUGCUUACAGCCUCUUCUUUAAAAUUUGACCCUAAUCAAGUUCAAGGUAUUUGGGCUCCUAAUAUUGAUACUGCCACAUGUACAAGUUUGAAUCAUAAAUAUAGACUUAUUGCUUACGGACUGAGAAAUUCCCAGGGUGUAGUAUUUGGUCUUGAUGAACGUACUGGAGGCUUACAAUUAUCUCAUAACCUUGUUAUACCCAGUCAAGUAUGGCCAGGUGGAGGAUUAGGUUCUGUGCGAUGUACUCGGUGGACACCUGAUGGCUGUGCUUUAGUAAUGGCUUGGGAAAAUGGUGGUUUUGCUGUAUGGAGUACAUUUGGAGCUCUAUUAGUUUGCUCUUUAGCAUGGAACUUCAGUGUGAAUGUUGACUUGAGUUCUAGAAAUCCACUCAAUAUUAUGUCUAUGGAUUGGUGUAUUGAAGGCUAUCAGCUGUGGAUGAUUAAUAGAGCUUCAAAAGAUACACAUGUUGACACAGUAUUACAAAUGUCAUUUUUAAAAAGUGCUUUAGCUGUCAACCCAACAAUGAGCCAUCGUCCACAUUUAUAUCUUCAAGGUGAAGAUAAACUUUAUUUAAAUGUAACAUCUGGUCUUACCAAAGUUUAUAAAAUGACUCAAUCUAAUAACAAAACUAAAGACCAAUUAACUAUUACUAGUGCUUUAGUUGACAAUAAACAGUGGAUAAUUGUAUAUGCACCUUCUCCAUAUUUGGGAACUAAUUGGCCAAUUCGAACAUCUUGUAUAGAUGAUGAUGGUAAACACAUCGCAAUAGCUGGUCGUUAUGGUCUUGCACAUUACUCAUUAAUAACACAUCGUUGGAAAUUAUUUGGAAAUGAAAUUCAAGAAAAAGAUAUGAUAGUAACUGGUGGAGUUCUAUGGUGGCGAUGCUAUGUUGUAUGUGGAUGUUACAGUGUGCCUGAAGAUGAACAUCAAGUACGAAUAUAUAAUGGUGAUUCAAGAUUAUCUAAUGAUAAUAUGAUUUCAUACCAAUUAACUGGACAAGCUUUAUUGCUCGAUUGUUUGGGCAACCGUUUAGCUGUCUUUUGUUCUGAUGGUAUAGUUAAUUUAUUCAAUAUCGAACUGUCUCCUAACCACAAUAUGGCAAUAUUGGAUAGAGUACAAACUAUUGAUAUGUCAGCUUUAUGCAUACAUCCCACUUGUGUUGUUUCUGUUUUACUUACCACACUUCGUAUUGAACCAAAAAUUAAAGGCUCAAUUUUCAGAGAUAAUUUUUUACUUAAUAUUAAUGGAAAUUUAUUGUUAGUAAAUCAACAAAGUUGUGAUGAUCAGUCACAAGUUAUUCCAUCUCCAAUUUUAUUGGCAUCCUGUGUUGAAAAUGCUUGGGUUUCUAGUCAAUACCAUCGUGAUAAACCCCAUCUAACUGAAGCUCUCUGGUUAUUUUGUGGAGCUCAUGGAAUGAGAGUUUGGCUUCCUUUAUUUCCAAAAAAUGGAGAUAAAUCACAUACUUUUAUGUCCAAAAGAAUUAUGUUGCCAUUUCAACUUAAGAUUUAUCCAUUAGCUAUACUUUUUGAAGAUGCUAUAUUAUUAGGUACUGAAAAUGAUACAUUACUCUACACAUCGGAUAUUUCUACCGUUUUUUCUUUACCUUUUUGUCAAAUUGAAAGGACGAGCCAAGUUUAUUUACACCAAAUUUUAAGACAAUUGAUACGUCGGAACUUAGGUUUUCAUGCGUGGGAAGUUGCUAGAUGUUGCACAAAUUUGCCGUAUUUUUCUCAUUCUUUGGAACUUUUGUUACAUGAAGUUUUGGAAGAAGAAGCCACUAGUAAAGAACCAAUACCAGAUGCUCAAUUACCUAGCGUUAUAGAAUUUAUACAAGAAUUUCCCAAUCUAUAUUUAGAAACUGUAGUUCAAUGUGCUCGUAAAACUGAAAUUGCUUUGUGGCCAUAUUUAUUUUCUGCUGCUGGUAAACCUAAAGAUUUAUUUCAAGAAUGCCUGAAAAGACAAAAUUUAAAUACUGCUGCUUCAUAUCUUAUAAUACUCCAAAACUUAGAAUCAUCUUCUGUAAGUUACAAAUAUGCUACUUUAUUAUUAGAUUCAGCCCUAGAUAGUUGCCAAUGGGAUUUAUCUAAAGACCUUGUCAGAUUUUUAAAAGCGAUUGAUCCAAAUGAUGCAGAUUCUCCUCGAACUUCAUGUAUUUUUCCUGCAAAAUAUAGUAUGAUAGGACAAGGAAGUACAGUAAAUCCAAAUGAAGAAGAUUUAUCGUUUUUAAUGGGAAACAUUCAAGUUAGAGGACGAAGUAUUAGUAUCAGUACUACACCUAAAAUAGAUAUGAAUUCUACUUUUGCUAGAACUGAGUAUAAUAGUUCACAAAGAAAAAGAUCUGUACUUUCAAAUGGAAAAUCCGAAAAUGGAAAGGAUAUGGCGACCUGUAAUUCUAUUAUGGAAGAAUUUUUUACCGAUACCAUUCUUCAAAAGCAUGCUGCUAAAUUAUUAUUUAAUUACAAGUUAAGAACAUUGGGGUAUUUUGCUGCCCGGUUAGAUUUUCAUUUAGUUGAAUGGUUAGCCAAAGAACGCAACGGAGCAGCUCGUAUUGAUAACUACAUUGUGGCCCUACGAAGUCUUUAUUCCGACUUUUCUACUACUAGACCAUUAACUCCUAUCCAGAAACGUUCUCCGCCACCAUCUGGUGGAUUAUUUAAUCUAGAUAAACCUAAGUGGAUAGAUGGAGGAAGUGCUGUAGGUGAUAGUGGUUACAUGAGUUGUCAAGAUAUUCCUCAAGUUUCAUCACAAUAUCCACAAGAUGGUUUCCUCACAGGCAUUGAUGAAGCUAGUACUAUUAGUGAAUCAGAAGAUGCUUUGCUGUGGAAUGAAGAGAGAACCCAAUCUAAUAUUGAUAACUGGAAUGUUAUUCCAAAUGCUCAUAUGAUGGAGCACCUUUCCAAUGAGCAUUUAUCACUUGAUUCUUCAAAAACCGAAGUUCAACUUAGAUAUUUGUUACAACUACUAAUCGAAGCAGGUUGUUUGGAAUGGAGCUUCAUUGUAUCAGUAUUUCUUCGUGAUGCACUGGCUGUUCAAAGACUUGUUUCUAUUGCCCGGUCUCCAGAACACAGUUAUGAAUCUGUAUCACGAUUAAAACAAGCAUUUAUUGUAUUGUAUCAAUGGAGUUGUAAUGAAUGCUUUGGAUAUCGGCCUUUCAUGUCUACAUGUCAAGCACAAUUGGGAGUGUUAAAUCGAAUUAUAACAUUGAAACAACCAGCUCCCACAGUCACACCACAAGGAUCUUCAUCUUCACUAUCGAGUGCUCUUACACAAUCAUCUAGAUCUCGAUCAAUAAGUGAAGGCACUGGUGGAAGUCACUCUAACUCAGAAAUCCCUGAUCAUAUUCAAACAGAUUGUCAUACUUCAAUUUCACUGAAUUCUAAUUGUGAUGAAUCACAAGAAAAUAAUUCAAAUUUUGAUUCUGCAUCUGUAGUUAGCUUACAAUCACCCAAUAGCUGUUCACUAUCUUGAAGUAAAAUAAUUUACUUAUCCUUAGUAAUCUAUUUAAAUGGUUUAUAUUAUAAUUACAGAUUGUAUUCACUG